AUUUAAUAUCUAUUAAUAUAAACUAUAUAAAUAAUGGCCAUUCGAUUUUUCCUUUUCGCUAAUGGCAUUUUGGAUAUUUAAAAGGCAAAGUAGGGGUAGUUUUGGUAUAAUACCAACUUUUGUUACAGUCCAUCUUCUACAUUGCAAGCAGCACUCCUAUUUCUCUCAUUCCCCUCCCCCUCUCUUUCUCUCUCCCUUUCUAUCACCAUUCUUAAAACCAAUAGCAGCUUAUACUGAUAAAUAUAGAUACGUACACUGAUAUACACUCACAUAUAAAGAGAUGUGGAGGUGCGUGUCACGUGGUCUUCGUAUUCCCUCCCGGAGAUCCACCGCCGGCGGCUUUCUCUCACAACGAUUCUUCGCUUCUGAAUCGCGUGUCGGAUCAUCAUAUACGAUAGUUGAUCAUACAUACGACGCCGUUGUGGUUGGGGCUGGAGGUGCCGGUCUUCGAGCUGCGAUAGGGCUUUCCGAGCAUGGAUUUAAUACUGCUUGCAUUACCAAGCUGUUCCCUACACGUUCUCACACUGUUGCAGCUCAGGGAGGUAUAAAUGCUGCAUUAGGAAACAUGACUGUGGAUGACUGGAGGUGGCACAUGUAUGACACAGUUAAGGGAAGCGAUUGGCUAGGUGAUCAAGAUGCUAUCCAAUACAUGUGUAGAGAAGCACCCAAAGCAGUUAUCGAACUUGAAAACUAUGGUUUACCAUUUUCUCGAACUGAAGAGGGCAAAAUAUACCAACGUGCAUUUGGUGGUCAAAGUCUUGACUUUGGCAAUGGUGGACAAGCUUAUCGUUGUGCUUGUGCUGCUGAUAGAACUGGUCAUGCUUUGUUGCAUACAUUAUAUGGUCAAGCAAUGAAACAUAACACACAGUUCUUCGUGGAAUAUUUUGCUUUGGAUCUAAUCAUGGGUAGUGAUGGAAGCUGCCAAGGUGUCAUUGCACUGAACAUGGAGGAUGGGACACUACAUAGAUUCCGUUCUUCUUCAACAAUCUUGGCAACUGGGGGUUAUGGUAGAGCAUAUUUCUCAGCAACCUCUGCUCAUACAUGCACAGGAGAUGGAAAUGCUAUGGUUGCACGUGCAGGCCUUCCUCUCGAGGAUCUUGAGUUUGUGCAAUUUCAUCCCACUGGUAUAUAUGGUGCUGGGUGCCUUAUUACUGAAGGAUCUCGUGGUGAAGGGGGUAUUUUAAGGAAUAGUGAAGGUGAAAGAUUUAUGGAACGUUAUGCUCCAACUGCAAAGGAUCUUGCAUCAAGGGAUGUUGUUUCAAGAUCCAUGACAAUGGAAAUCAGAGAAGGUCGUGGUGUAGGACCAAUGAAGGAUCACAUUUAUCUUCACUUGAAUCACCUACCACCAGAGGUUCUCAAGGAGAGACUCCCUGGUAUCUCUGAAACUGCUGCAAUCUUUGCUGGUGUUGAUGUUACAAAGGAGCCAAUUCCAGUUUUGCCAACUGUCCAUUACAACAUGGGUGGAAUCCCAACUAAUUACCAUGGCGAGGUUGUAAACAAAAAAGGUGAUAAUCCCGAUGCCAUUGUUCCUGGACUUAUGGCUGCUGGAGAAGCAGCAUGUGCUUCCGUUCAUGGUGCUAAUCGUCUUGGAGCAAAUUCUCUUCUUGACAUUGUUGUGUUUGGUAGAGCUUGUGCUAAUAGAGUUGCAGAGAUCCAUAAGCCAGGUGAAAAACAAGCACCAUUGUCAAAGGAUGCUGGAGAGAAGACGAUUGCAUGGUUAGACAAAAUCAGGAAUUCAAAUGGUUCACUUCAUACCUCUCAGAUCCGAUUGAACAUGCAGCGAAUCAUGCAGAAUAAUGCUGCUGUGUUUCGCACACAGGAGACAUUAGAAGAAGGUUGUGAUCUGAUUGACAAAGCAUGGGAGAGUUAUCAUGAUGUCAAAUUGAAAGAUAGAAGCUUGAUAUGGAACUCGGACUUGCUAGAGACAAUAGAGUUGGAGAACCUUUUGAUCAAUGCAUGCAUCACCAUGCAUUCAGCUGAAGCCAGGAAAGAGAGUAGAGGAGCUCAUGCUCGUGAAGAUUUCACGAAAAGAGAUGAUGAGAAAUGGAUGAAACACACACUCGGAUACUGGGAGAAUGAGAAGGUGCGACUAGACUACAGGCCGGUUCACAUGAACACUCUUGAUGAUGAUGUGCAGACUUUCCCACCAAAGGCUCGCGUGUAUUAAUAAAAUCCUUGCACAUGGAUUGAAUUUGCUGGUUAUCAUUAUCAAGAAUUAUUUUAUUAUAUGCAAAAUUUUGAUAAUAAAUUGUUGUUGCAUUCGUCGUUUGAUGCAAAACCCUGAAAACCUGCACAUAAGUUGUCUCUGGUAGAUUGUGUUUGUAACUUUGUUUUUUAGACUUAGAGCGUAAUGAUUUAUGCUUACUGCUUUGACUUGACAUGGAUAAAGCCAAAGUGUGUCUAAGUUGACAAUAAGAUUGUAGUUUAUAAAGUUAAAGAUAUCUCAUAUGCGUGUAUGAAAAUGGUUAUAUAUGGUGAUAAUUACAUCUUAUAAUUGUGAUGAAA